GUUAAACAUUUCACAAAUAAUAAUAAAGAUAAGUAUUUUUAUUUAUUUUAGCAAAGAUUUUUAUUUGGCGGGGAAGAUGAAAGAAAAACUCAAUGGUAUGUGCCUGUUGUUUACACAAUAUCUAAUAAUAAAGAUCAAAACACUUCUGCUGUUUGGUUAAAACCAAAUAGUGCACCUGCCAUCCUAAAAAAUGUGGUGGACAAAGAUACCUUGGUUAUUAUAAACCCUGAUUCUUUGGGUUACUACGUAGUGAAUUAUGAAAAAGCUCUACGCAAUAAAAUAAUAGCACAACUCGAAGAGAACCACACACAAAUAACUGAUCUCACUAGAGCUAAACUAAUACAUGACGCUUUUAGCUUAGCUUUAGCUGGUUUUAUUGACGUUUCCGAUGCAUUAGAAUAUUUAAAUUAUCUAAAAAAUGAAGAUUCAUACUAUCCUUGGUAUACAGCCCUUAAAGGAAUCAGCAUCAUCAAAAAUCGGCUGGGCCGAGAAUCAAGAGUAACAGAUGAUUUGGAUGACUUACUAUUAGAGCUUAUGGAACAUUUAGCUGACAAGGUUCCUAGUAUAAACUGGAACGAUGUUGAUCAUGUAACAUCUAUUAAACUAUCGCAGAUCUGGGAUUUUGCUUGCUCCCUUGGUUAUAAAAAGUGCAUUGACGAAAGUAAGAGAUUGUUUAACGAUUUCAGAGAUGAAAAUAUCAGAAUCAAUCCAAACAUAAGAAGCACAACCUAUUGUUAUGGACUGGCUAACAGUGAUAAUGUCGAAAGAGAUUACGAUUUCCUUUUUAACCGGUUACAAAAUACUAUUCAACCCCACGAAGUUCGAUACCUUUCAAUUGGUCUUGCAUGUGCGCCGGAUUCACAUUACUUAUAUAGGAUUUUAGCAAAGUCUCUAGAGCCCAAUUCAGAAAUAAGCCGUCAAGAAUUUUUCCACGUGUGGUCUUCCAUAUAUUCACAUAGCAGUAUGGGUCUUAACGUUGCCUUGGAGUAUUUUAUACUGAAUCAUAAGCGGAUUUCGGAAUAUGUUCCACACGCAGGAAAGCUUCUAACAGGCAUGGCCUCUAAAUUUACUACAGACGAACAGAUUUCUAAGCUACAAAAUUUCAUUGGAGAAUUGGACACAAAUUCAACUUUAAAAUUAAUAGCAGAAUCAGCACUAACUGCGGCUAGAAACAAUUUAAAUGAGCGAAUAUCACUUCAGCUUAAAUUGGAAAUCAUUUUCGCUCAACAAAAAUCUUAGCUUAAAUUAUUAAUUUUAACAAUAACUGCAUCGUUAUUGUUAUUAAUUAAAAAUAUGUCAUAUUGUAUAUAUGUAUUUCAAAAAAUUCAUUAUAAAAUUAUAAUAAUAUUAUAAUACAAUUUAUGAUUUACAAUCUACAAAAUAAGUUAUAAUCCGGUAUUUUAAUAUUUUAAAAUACACCGAAAUUAUCAUUGUAAUUGUAUUGCAAAUUGUAUCCAUUAGAAAUUGUUUUAUUGUAAAUAAAAAUAAAGACACUUUUACUUUUUGUCUGUUCGAAAUAGAAUUACUUCAAUUCUAAGAAAACGAUCGCAAAGCUGAAAGGUCCUAACUGAGAAAAUCGUAGUUUUGGAACAGUACUGGGUGGUAGCGAAAAGCAUUCUGUAUCUUCCUUUCAAAGCUGAUCUGUCCUAUGUGUCAUUAAAUAGCUGUUCUAAAGUGAUCCUUGUUGUCCUAAGUUCAAACUAAAACCUGAUUACUAAGCAGUACGUCCUAUCUGAGCUUUACAAACCUGAAGUGUCCUAUUGUAACAGAUAGGCCAGUCAGUAGUGCAAUAUGUAAUGCUACCCAAAAUACAUGCUCUAAGUGAUAGAUAGGACAUAUUCAGCAUUGCACCUUAAAACAACAUAACCUAAAAAUCUAAAAUAUUUGUUUUUUUAGUCUUGAACAUUCUUUAUGUCAUUUAGUCAUGAUAUUCUUUACUUGAACAUAUAAAGUCUUUUCGACCUACCGUAUCUCAUUAUCGUCGGGAGCAUGCUCCAAAUAGUCUAUAUAUACCAUCGGAUAUUUCAAUUACAAUGGUGUACAAUGACUACAAAAUAAAGAAUCUUGAUUGUCAGGGUGGUUAUGAACCCUAUCGUCAGAAAAUUGCAAAACUCAACACAUCGUUUGUACAACUUGGCUGUGAAGAGUACUUCCAGUGUGCAUCAUAUGAUCUCCAUAAGACCGAAACCAAUCAUAUUAAUCCAACACACAAUUGUGUAGUGUGUGAAAACUAUGUAUCUCACAGAAAUAAAUAUAUAACUGACAGAAAAAGUAUGAAAAACAUGCAGAAUCGCAACUAAAAUCAUCAAUCUCAUAGUUUCAGCAGAUCUUCAGAAAGUAAAUGCUUUCAAGAGCAGAUAUGUUUAAAUAAGUCAUUUUUACUAGGCGCAUAAUUACUUUUAACGGAAGUUUUGUUGCUGUCGGAAAGAUAGGGACGUCCGUCCUUUAGUAAUUCUGCGACACGAAGGAAUAUCAGGAAGAAGAAAAGAAGAUAUAGUGAAGAAGAUGUAUACUUUCUACGCAUUG